CCAAUGCCCAUAGUAUGCAUGGUGUGAAUGCAUGUGGCUACUGUGGUUAGCAUUCUUAAAGUUUCGAAUCGUAGUUCGAAUGCCACAUGGUUGUGACAAUGUCUUUUAAUUCAAGAACUAUUGCAGUUUAAGUUAUCUAUUGUAUAGAAUUAUUCACCUAUCAUGAAGAGCUCGAGGGUUUUCCACGACAUCAUCAACGUCGUAGAAGCAAACACCAAGAAAACUGAAAAUUAUUUGAGCAUACAGGCAGGUGUAUCGUUGGAAUUCCGUCACACGAUAAAAUCCCUUUAUGAUUUUACUAAGGAAGAAUCUGGUCGCAUGACAGAGGCGUUGCCAGAGUUAAUCACAGAGGGUUUUGAUACUGAGCAAAUAUGGCAACAGCUAGAACUCCAGAAUGAAGGAGAAUUGCCCCAUAUUCUGACAGGAGUCUCUAGAUCGUUGAUUGCGGGUAAGAGACUGAAACUACCUGUCAAGCUAACGAGGAGUGAUGAACAACAAAGCAAUGGUAAAUCAGGCCUCGAUCAAUCUUUGGAUGGCGAACAGGUAUCUACCUACGAUUCAGACCUAAGUGACGGCGACUUAAGUAAUUUAGACAUAGAAGGACUGGGGAAGCAGAUGAGGAAGAAGAAAUCGAAAAGAGUGGCCAAAAGAAAAACACCGCCCUCGGUAGUAGAUGAUAAAUUCUUCAAACUCCAAGAAUUGGAUGAGUACCUCAUGAAAGAAGAUAAAAGAGAAAUGCAAAAAGGGAAGUCGAAUGAAGAAGACAGUGAUGAUGCCGAUGAGGAGUCUGUCGACUUAUUUGAAUAUGUUUCUGAUAAUGGAAGCGAAGACGACGAAACUGACCCAAGACUAGUAAAGUUUAAAGAUUUCUUCGAUCAACCACAGAGCAACGACGAAUCAAACUCUGAGACUGAGAGCAAUCAUUUUAAUGAAGAAUCUGAGAACGAUACCAACCUAUCUGUAGAUGAAGAAGAAACAACAGAACCUCAUAAGAAACGCGUUAAAUUCAGUGUCAAUGAUCAAUCGGCUUCAAGUAGUUCAGAGGAAGAUGAAUCUAAAAAGGAAGGGACUACAGAGAUAAAAUCCAGCCUAGAAACACGUCAAGAAAGACUGCGAAGAAAAAUAGAGGAAUUGGAAGAAGCAGCAAUUUCAGAAAAACCUUGGCAAUUAAAGGGUGAAGUUGAUGCUGCAUCUAGGCCACAGGAUUCACUGCUGCAGGAGCACGUUGAGUUUGACAUAACUUCCAGACCAGCUCCUGUGAUCACUGAAGAGACAACAUUGAAGUUAGAGGAUAUAAUAAAGCAGAGAAUAAAAGACAAAGCUUGGGACGAUGUUGAGAAGAAAUUUAAACCUGUUGAAACCCCAAUGGAAUAUAAAAAAAAGCUGGUGUUAGACCAGGAGAAGAGCAAACUUAGUCUGGCACAGAUUUAUGAAAAUGAAUACUUGAAACAAAAGGAAGCGUUGAACCCUGACAACGAGGAACGAGAAACUGAGGAACCUAAAGAACACAUUGAAAUUCGUAAUAUGAUGCAUUCUUUGUUCAGCAAACUUGACGCUCUUUCCAAUUUUCAUUACACUCCAAAAUUGGCCAGGCCUGAUGUCAAAAUCGUUAGCAACCUUCCUGCUGUCACGAUGGAGGAAGUAGCUCCGAUAGCCACAAGUGAUGCAACUUUAUUGGCACCAGAAGAAAUAAAAGCAAAAUCGCGUGGCGACCUGAUCGGCAGAGCCGAGAGAACUGAGACGGACAUGAAACGUGAAAGGCGUCAAAAGAAGUUGAAUCAACGAGACAGAGAGAAGGCUAAAGAAAAGCGGGAAAAGAUUGUUGGGAAAUUGAAACCUGGUCUUGGAAAUAAGUACAGUAAGGAAAAAGCAGCAAAGAUGAUUGACAGUUUGAGUAAGGAGCGUAAUAUUUCAAAGAUAGAUGAAACGAGUGGAAAGACGGCAAAGUCUUCCACAGCAUUCUUUGAUCAGCUUCAGGAUCAAGUCAACUUUCAUAUAAAAUCGAAAGACGGCAAUGUGCGGAACAAGAAAGACAAGAAGGCAUUAUCCGCGGUGAAAUUAAAACUCUGAACUUGUAUAGUCGAUAAUUAAAACAAUUUCCUCUUCUACUAUUUUUUUAAAGUACGUUAGUUACAAUUAGAGGUAUUCAUCAUUAUUAUUAUUAAUAAAUGAAAUUUAAAACACGAGUUUUCUCCGUAUAGUAUUCCCCAUAUAUUAGUGAAAAAGUGUUUCCGUUUUCUCACGAUUAUGAUAUGCUAUGGUUUUUUUUUUGUUUUUUAAAACUUUUUUUUGUUAUUUCUCAAUCUCUCUCUUGCUCUCAAUCUAAAAUAUUGCUAAACAUAUACAAAUGCAACAAUUCACAAGUGAUAGUCUUAUUAUAAUUACAAUUAUUUAAUUAUGUGCUAUGUUAUUACUAAUAUCUAAGAAAAAAUAUUACUUAGAAAAUUGAUAUCCAUUAAUGACAUCAUUUUGUAAAUAACAAGCAGCUUCGAGUGAGUCAUAUAAUUUUGUACAUUGUCACGGUCGUGUCUUUGUCUAAUAUCUGUCAUCAAAAACAUUAUAGUAAUUGCACGGUUUACAAAUAUAUGAAAAAACAAUUUCAUUAAGCUACUCCUUAUCAUAUAUAUCUACGUUGAAAGCUUGCAGUCGAAAAGUUUAAAUUCUUAUUCGUAACUAUUCU